GCCCAUUUGGAUGGAGACCACGCCCAGAGUACCGCCAUGGGUGUCACCGGCCUUUGGACUGUUUUGCAGCCUUGCGCACGGCCCAUUAAGAUCGAGACGCUGAACAAGAGGCGCAUCGCCGUCGAUGCCUCGAUCUGGAUCUACCAGUUCCUCAAGGCCGUGCGCGACAAGGAAGGCAACGCGCUGCGCAACAGUCAUAUUGUCGGGUUUUUCCGCCGGGUGUGCAAACUCCUCUUCAUAGGCAUUAAACCUGUCUUCGUAUUCGAUGGAGGCGCACCUGCGCUCAAGCGACAGACCAUCAGCCACCGCAAAUCCCGCCGCGAGGGCAAACGAGACGAUGCAGUCCGGACCGCGGGAAAGCUGCUGGCGAUACAGAUGCAGAAGGCGGCCGAGGAGGAAGAGCGCAAGAGGAAGGAGGCUGCCAGGCACCCGCGCGAGGAGCAGGAAGAAGAGCUGCCGGAGAAUCUAGUCUACGCGGAGGAGAUUCUGCAGACGCAGCAGGAGCGCACACAGAACAGAAAGUUCAAGAAGAAGGAUCAGUAUCAUCUGCCCGAUCUGGGUGUUCCGAUGUCGGAGCUGGGUGGUGAUGACCCUCGUAUCAUGUCGCUCGCAGAGCUCGAGGACUACGCGAGGCAAUUCGACCGAGGCGAGGACAUCAACGUCUAUGACUUCUCCAAGAUUGAUUUCGAUGGUAUCUUCUUCCAGAGCUUGCCGCCUGCCGAUCGCUACAAUAUCUUGAAUGCAGCUAGGCUGAGAAGCAGGCUGAGGAUGGGCUACUCGAAGGACCAGCUCGAUGCUAUGUUCCCAGACCGAAUGGCUUUCUCCAAAUUUCAGAUCGAGCGCGUUCGCGAGCGCAGUGAUCUCACCCAGCGACUCAUGAACCUCAACGGCAUGAACGAUGACACGACGUUUGGCACGAAUCGUAUCGCUGGCGACAAGAACAGAGAGUACGUACUGGUGAAGAACGAAGGUGUCGAGGGAGGAUGGGCGCUUGGCGUUGUGACGAACAAGGACGAGGGCAAAGCACACAAGCCCAUCGACGUUGACCUACCUUCACGCGCUGCAAAGGUCGAAGAAGAUUGGGAGAGCGAGGAUGAGUUCGAGGACGUGCCUAUCGAAGGUCUGAACAGGCUGCCGAAAGCAAAGCCUGGCCCCAGUCGUGAGACGGUUGAAGGUCGCGAGUUCAUCUCGAACGAGUUGCGCAGACGACGCCAGAACUUCUACAAGUCGACGAAGAGCAAACCAACCCAGUCAAGACCUCGGAGGGCAGCUGCUGUCCGGGAAGAUUCGGACUCGUUGUUCUUGGCCGAGGGGAAUGAGGAAGAGCAAUGGGAGAAUGUACCAGCAGAUGGUGAAGAUGAUCUGUUCGAAGCUGCUGGUGACAAUGCGGAAGAAGAGCAGUUGCAACAAGCCAUAGCUCUCUCAAUGCAGCAGAAUGGGAAAGAGGCAGCUGAAGAAGAGCCUGAGGAGCGCCCAGCGCUCGAGGAGUACCAACAGCAGCGUGCUAAGGAAACGAACCCUUUCAAAGCUGCGAAGGGGUACAGAGGGCUAGCAAUUGGGCGACUAGCGAACCAGCGCGCUAACAAACUUGCUCUCGAAGGACCGUUCGAGGGCAGCGACAGCGAAGGGGACGAUAUGGACCUGCAGGCUGCUCUGGUCGAGUCUCGCCAGUCCAAACGACCUACUAAGCCACAGAGAUCACCUGCUCCACCCUCUAAGGCGUCCAAGCUCAAUCUCGGAACAUCGCUACUCGGCAAGAAAAAGAUGGAGAAAAUUGAGCAAGAGACCGCAGGUGGUUUCGAGAAAGACACUGAAGAGAAGAAGAAGUCCGUGCCACUGCCACCUUGGUUCAAGGGCGAGCGAGACAUUGGAAAGGAGUUAGAUGAGUACCGCAACGAGGAGAAGCGGGUGUGGGAAGAGGAUCGCAAGGAAGAAGAUGAGCAGUUCCAAUUCCAGCAAUUACCUCGAUUACGGAAGCAUGAGACUAGAGAAGUCAUUGACUUGGACGUCGACCCCAGUCAGAGCCAAAAAGAGAAGCAAGUUAUCGCUUUGGACUCGGGCGACGAGGAUGAUGUCGAGAUGGAGGAUGUACCCAUCAACAAUGGUCAAGCGGAGAGGCCAGUCGAGGAUGAUCAGCUCAAGAUGGGCGACCUGGCGGACAAGGUCCGAGCAGAGCCGCCAAAGCCACUCGCUGACGACCAGCGAGCACCACCAACACAAGAUCCCAAACUGGUCAAGAAAAUACCGUUUGCAGAUGACUCCGACGAGGAACUGGUCGAUUGGUCGGAAAGCGAGCCUGAAGAUGAGAGACGUGCCCCCGCACAGACAGCGCAAGCUGAGACAGCACAGAGAGACCCUUCACCGUCUAAAUCUCCUUCGCCCGAGUUUGAAGAUGUCCCCAUGACCACCGAGUCAGUACCAGCACCAGUUGCAGAUGCCCCGAAAUCAUCCUCUCCCGAAUUUGAAGACGUGCCGAUGUAUGCCGAGCCAACGGAGGCUACAAAGUCACCAUCGCCAGAUUUUGAGGACGUUCCAAUCGCUGUACCCACUCGCAGGCCUCGUCGCGAGCGGUCUCCUGCCCUCCUCCAAGGUCCUGAUGACCUUGAGAUUCCCGUCGUUCCGCAUGGCGGGCUCGCGGACGAAAAUGCUCCUCUCGAUUUACCUGGCAAUGACUCUGAUCAAUACUCUGACCCUGAAGAUGAAGAGUUGUUCGCAUCUUUGGCUGCCGAAGCCGAAGAACACAAUCGCUUCACCCAAGAGAUCAACAACGCCGCGUCCCGUGUCGACUUCGAAACCGAGCUCAAGCAACUGCGCGCUCAGCAGAAGAAAGACCGUCGUGACGCUGACGAAGUAACACAAACUAUGAUUUCCGAAUGCCAACACCUCCUCUCCCUCUUCGGGCUCCCCUACAUCACCGCACCCAUGGAAGCUGAAGCGCAAUGCGCCGAACUCGUCCACCUCGGUCUCGUCGAUGGCAUCGUAACCGACGACUCGGACACAUUUCUUUUUGGUGGCACACGCGUCUACAAAAAUAUGUUCAACGCAGCCAAAUUCGUAGAAUGCUACCUUGCCAACGACCUCACUUCAGAGUUCAGUCUGACUCGCGAGAAGCUCAUCGCCAUAGCCCAACUUCUAGGCUCCGACUACACAACCGGCAUCCCAGGUAUUGGUCCCGUCACUGCGCUUGAGAUUAUCUCCGAGUUCCCAAAGCUAGAGGACUUCAAAGAGUGGUGGACAGGCGUACAGAACAACACCAUCCCCAAGGAAGCAGAUGCGUCAAAUACCUUCCGCCGCCGCUUUCGCAAAAGUCAGGCUACGAAGCUGUUCCUGCCUCCAGGCUUCCCUGAUCCACGUGUUGCUGAUGCGUAUCUGAAUCCGGAAGUCGAUUCGGAUCCGCAGCCGUUCCAGUGGGGUGUGCCUGACCUUGCCGCCUUACGCUCCUUCCUCAGCGCUCAGAUUGGAUGGAGUAGUGAGAGGACGGAUGAAGUCCUGGUCCCGGUCAUCAAGGAUAUGAAUAGGAGGGAGAAGGAGGGUACGCAAGCGAAUAUUACACAGUUUUUCGAAGGCGGAGUUGGCGCAGGUGCAUUCGCGCCGCGUGUCCGAGGCAAUGCUACGGGCAACGGGCCAAGUGGAAAGAAGAAGGGCAAGGCGGCCGCAGGGAAGAGACUUGGUGCUGCGUUGUCGAGGCUGGCUGAGAGGGAAGGAGCGAGAGGUGGUGUAGACGAUGAAGGUGAAGAUGAGGUAGACGAGGCCUUGGGUGCCGCUGAAGGUGAUACUGAGCUAGCAGAGACUGGCAAGGCGAAGCGGACGAAGAAAAGGGCACCCGUCUCUUUGGCAGCCAUGGAGGAUGAGCCGGAAAAUGAGGACGAUAAUGAGGAUGCGGCAUAUCAAGAGCCAAAGAAGAAGAAAGCGAAGAGGACAAGGAAGGAAAGAGCGUAA